UCGUUUUGGCUCUCUUAGUUUGAAGGCUAUAAACAAACAUUCGCUUAUAAAUUUCCUAUUUCAUGAUUCGAUCCGAUCUUGUCACUUCGCAUUGCAGAAAACCCUUUUUUUAUUUCGUGAGUUGGAGCCGAAGGCAUUCUGAAUGCCGUUUCGUGGGUUCGCUUUUGGUUCAGUGGAUGAAAUUUCAAAUUUGCCACUCUUUUCCAAGCCCUUCAGGCUUCAUGAUCUUGACUUCUCUUGCAGAUUUCAACUACACCCCUAGUUAUCUACCCGAAUACUUCCUCUGCAUGUUAAUUUGACGGCUACUGAUAAUUUGCUGGGGGUGUAGGCAACGAAUUGGUGCUAGUUCUUGUUGUCCUUUUGCCAAGAUAGAAUGGCAGAGGACACAGGAACGAACGGGCUCCUAGGUGCAAUGGCUUCAAAGGUUGAUUUCAAGCUAUCUUUGCUCAAAGAUGCCAUGGCUGAGUACAGCGAGAUAAAACAUGUAAUUGAUGGGGUUGUUAAAGAAAAGGAGAGGCUCCAACAAGAGAAGGAGAGGCUCCAGAAUGAGGAGGAGAUGCUCCGGCAUGAGCAGCAUGCAAAUGGAGAGGCUAUGGCAGCAAUGAAGGAGGACCUUUUGGCAUCACAGAACACAUUGACGGCAGCAAGGGAUGCACUUGUGUCAUCAACAGAGGAGAUUUCUCUAAAGAACAAUUACAUUGAGUUUCUAAAAAAAAAGCUCGAAAAGAGUGAAGCCAAGAAUAAUCAAGCUGAGCAACAGUGUGGAAGUGUUAUGGAUCCUAUCCAACCCAAAGGGGUGCAAACAAGAUCAAUGCAAAAGAGGAAGAGGCCAUCUGAAGGAACUUUGGAAUAUGGCGCUGACAAAAAUGAGCAUACUAGCCAAUUGGAUAGUCGAUCUCUGUCUCCUUUGGAAUUGUUGGAAAAUAGUAAUGUGCUGAAAGGACCAAUGGAGAAACAGAAAAGACUGUCUGAAAGACUUCAGGGAAAUGAUGCUGUCAAUAUUGCAUUAACCAAAGAGUGCCCUAGGAAAGAGUUAGUAGACAAGCCACCUGUUGGCCAAACAUCAUGUGUUUUGGUGAGCGAAGAAGACCUAGAGGCAGUCAGAGAUGAGCUGAUCAAGGGAUUCCUUGAAAUUGAUAUCGGCGGAAGGAAAAUUGGGAUAAAGGAAAUGGGGGAAUUGAAUGAGAAGGCAUUCAAGGCUGCUUGUCUCGCAAAGUUACCUCCUGAAGAAGUUGGCACAGCAUCUCAUGAGUUAUACUCAUCAUGGCAGCAGCAACUUGGUGAUCUGAGCUGGUAUCCUUUCAAGACUGUCACAGUUGAUGGCAAUCAGCAGGAGAUUGUGAACGUUGAUGACGAAAAGUUGCAAGAGCUGAAGAGGGCAUGGGGCUCUGGUGCCCAUAAUGCUGUGGUUAACGCACUGGUGGAGAUGAAAGGGUAUGGUCGUCUGAGCGACAGAAGCAUUGCCUAUGAGCUAUGGAACUACAAGGAGGGGAGGAGGGCUACCACAACGGAGUGUGUCAGCUACAUGUCCAAUCAGGUGAAGCAGCUUUCGGUUACGAAGCGCAGGAAGAUUCGCAGGUCGAGCGGCAGGGCGUGAGCUACCUUACCACCUUCUAACUCCCCAAGGAUCUGAGUCGGACAAGUAGCAACGCAGGAAGUCUUCAGGCCCGUUUCGGUUAUGUACAAAUAUGCCAUGACAUUAGUAGGCUAAUGAUUCUGCUUCAUAGAAGAAGUUCUUCUGAUGUAGUGAGCUCACGGCUCCUGACUGGUGAAGAAUCAGAGCGUAGGCUGUAGCAAGGAACUUUGUAAGACUAGGGAGAUUAUGAGUUGUGACUAGAACCUCAACCUGUAUGUUGUUACUCCCAUGCUUCGUGUUAGAACUCUGCUCGAUGUUCCGGUUAUCUGAACCUCUUUAUCUUUGUUGUUGUGCUC